ACGUCAAGUGUAUAUUUAUUUUUUGGUACAUUUGAAAACCAUUUCUACUUUGGAUUUUUAGCUCACCUGAGCACAACGUGCUCAUGGUGAGCUUUGGUGAUCGCCUUUUAUUCGUCGCCUUUUAUUCGUGCUUUGUUAAUUGCGCAUUAAAUACAUUGAAAAGGGUGACACUUAUUUUUCACGUAACAAAUAUACCAGCACAUUUUUUUCGCAAGCGUACAUAAUUAAGUGCAUAAUUACACAUUAUGGAGAAAUUCUUUUCCAUGUUUGGUUUUUAUACGCCCGUUUUAAACAAACGGGACAUAUUAUAGUUUCACCUUGGCGGUGGGCGGCGUUCACAGCAGUGUCCGCUCUCUAAUUCAAAUAGUUUUCAUCCGAUCUUCACCAAACUUGGUCAGAAGUUUUAUCUAGACAAAAUGUAGGUCAAGUUCGAAUAUGGGUUAUGCCGGGUCAAAAACUAGGUCAUAGGGUCACUUAGUGCAUUUCAAGCAUUUAGCAUGGUGUCCGCUCUCUAAUUGAAGUUGUUUUUAUCCGAUCUUCACCAAACUUGGUCAAAAGUUGUAUCUGGACAAUAUCUAGGUCAAGUUCGAAUAUGGGUCAUGCCGGGUCAAAAACUAGGUCACGGGGUCACUUAGUGCAUUUUAAGUAUUAAGCAUGGUGUCUGCUCUGUAAUAGAAGUAGUUUUCAUCCGAUAAUCACCAUACAUGGUCAGAAGUUGUAUCUAGACAAUAUCUAGGUCAAGUUCGAAUAUGGGUCAUGCAGGGUGAAAAACUAGGUCACAGGGUCACUUAGUGCAUUUCAAGCAUUUAGCAUGGUGUUCGCUCUCUAAUUGAAGUAGUUUUCAUCCGAUCUUCACCAAAUUUGGUCAGAAGUUGUGUUUAGACAAUAUCUAGGUCAAGUUCAAAUAUGGGUCAUGCCGGGUCAAAAACUAGAUCACGACGUCAUUUAGUGCAUUUCAAGCAUUUAGCAUGGUGUCCGCUCUCUAAUUGAAGUAGUUUUCAUCUGAUCUUCACCAAAUUUGGUUAGAAGUUGUGUCUAGAUGUAGGUCAAGUUCAAAUAUGGGUCAUGGUAAAGUUAUCAAGUUGUCCAAAACCUUCAAACGGGCGUAUCUUGUGACAGUUUGGCACUCUUGUUUUCAAUGGGUUAAUUUAUAAAGGCCCAUAUUUUCACAGCACUUUGGGUAAAUCUUAACUCAUACUUAAAAUAUUCAGUCGUAUUUACGUAAAAAUAUCACACUUAAAAAUUUACAUUUUGUCACCGAGUGUUCUGAAUGAGGGAAUUUUUACUAUGGAAAUCACGAACAGAUGAAGCAACUGUUUACUUUGGGUCACAUCUGUAAAGUAUGUCAUUAAAAAGGGCCCCUAAAGGGCAACAAACAACAAUUUACUUUGAGUUACAUCUUUUAAGUAUGUCAUUAAAACAUGUUAUAUGAAAAAAGUAUGCAUUCUUAAAUGAAAGCUCAUAUCACAAUAUGGGGCCUUUUUGACCUUCUAUAUUUUUAAAUUUUGAUAUCAUUUUUGUGAGCAUUCUUUGGUUUGACUCGGUUAUUUGCCCAGCGUGAUAAUGCAAUCGAUUAAAGCAAUGUCCACCGUAAUUUCUUUGCAUGGCUUUAGAAUCACAAGUUUGAAAUUGGAUUCGGAUUGUUUUUAUCCGACUUUUUGCUUAUGGGUUUUUAUAAUAUUUCUAAUUUUGUUAUAUAGUAUAUUAACAUUAACACUAUGUUUCAGUUAAGUUCAUUUAUGAUUAAGUUUAAAUAAGAUUCCUUUAUUUAAAAAAGAAUAACUAACCUGUAUAUGAAAGUAAGAAUCCGGUUUUCCUUUUCUUAGUCCAUUCAAGAGACUUACAUGUUUUCAUAUUUUUGAAAAUGUAAUUAAACAUAUUGUUAAAAAAACUUCUUUAUUUGGAUUUAUUUAAAAUCAGUAUGGACUCCAGAAAAAAAUUAAUAAAAUAUAAUUGAAACUAUGCAAAAACAUUGAUUCACAUUGGUUGUCAUACCAGAAGUUUGCUGUAUAUUUAUCUAAGGGUACUUAUUUUUUCCUUACAUUUUAUAACUAAUUUGUGCAUGAUGUAUAAUAAGUAUUGUAAUAAUAAUAUAUUAAUUGUUUUACCUCUAGUUUUUCCAAUCUGCUGCAAAUACCGGUAACUGUCUACUUUGUUUCCCAAAGUGACUAAACUAGGAAAAUAUGUUAUUAGUGAGGCUGUGUUCGGAGAAAACCCGAGCUAUUGUCAUAACCAGCUCGUCCACCAACUGCCAUCCGCCGUAGACGUUGUGCUAAAACCUUAACAUUGGCUCUAAAAUCAAAGUGCUUCCACCUACAACUUUGAAACUUCAUAUGUAGAUGCACCUUGAUGAGUUCUACACGCCACACCCAUUUUUGGGUCACUAGGUCAAAGGUCACUGUGACCUCUUAUAUUAAACUUUAACAUAGGCUCUAAAAUCAAAGUGCUUCCACCUACAACUUUGAAACUUCAUAUGUAGUUGCACCUUGAUGAGUUUUACAUGCCACACCCAUUUUUGGGUCACUAGGUCAAAGGUCAAGGUCACUGUGACCUCUAAAAAAAAAAAUUCUGACAAGCUUUCGCAGCCGAGCGUGGCACCCGUUAUGCGGUGCUCUUGUUUUUGUAUUACCGGUAACUACAGUUACAUGAUUUAUAGGACUUAGAAUUGUAGCCUUUAAAAUCUGAGGUAAACACUCAAGAUGAACAUUAACAAAGUAAUACAUUUAAUGGCAAAAUCCAUAUUUAAGGUACUGAGCGAACUUUAAAAAGAAAUUUAGCAAUAGCAUCUUUGUUUGACAUAUCGUGGACAAAAUUUUGUUCAUAGCAUAAUAUUCCAAAAUUUAUUUCGCAGUUUUCUAAAAGCAAGUUGGAACACGUUCUACACUGAAUUCUGUUUCAUUCAUUCAUGACACAUAUAACGAAGUGCUUUCAAAUUUUUCCUUAAAGAAAAGGCCGAGCAAACCGUUGUUUGUUAGCCAAUUUACCUAAAAGGGUUAUAGUGUUGAUUAAUGCUUCCAUAACUAGUACAGUAUAAGAUUAUUUGUCUUAUUUAUUGCUUGGACGCCAAGUGCUAAAAGUGUUUUUGUGAUAUGUUUGAUGUGCCAUGUUUGGAAUAUCUUCAAACCAUAUAAAUCAAAUGUUGUCAGAAGAAAAAGUUUAAACAUCUAUCAAUGUUAUAUAACCUUUAUGAAUAUUUUGAUCUUAAGCAUGUGUAAAAUAGCUUUUUGAGCUUUUGGUUGGAUACUUAUUGUUGUAUUGACCAUUGACCAAUCCCAUUUUGUUAUUUUGCUUUAAUUAUGUAGCCACAUCAUGCAAUUUAACCCUUAACCAGUUAGAUACAUAUUUUCAUGCAUUUAUAGUCGCUAAGAAAGUUAUAUUUAAUUUAGGACUUUUCAUACUGGAUUGAAGUUUUCAAGGCUUCAUCUCCAACCCUUAGAUACUGAUGAGCAGCAAACAGGAUUAAACCUGAACAGACUGUGAGUGACCUGCAGGCUGUUCUGGUUUUAUGCUGUUUGCACAUAGCCAUUUUCACUUUGCCUUCACCUUUCCUUUUUUAUAAUGACCAUUACGUAAAUAUAUAAUUAAAAAGCAUGUGAUAAAAAUGAUCUGACACUUGUGGUUAUGUCUUACAAUGCUUUAUUAAACUCGUCCAGCAAAUGUGUAAGUCAGCUUAUCAAUUGCUGGCUUACAAAGAAACUUCAUUAAAUAGUCCAAUAAAAUAUGGUAUGGAAUGACAACUGGUGUAAACUGGUAUAUUUACAUUAUUAAAACUUACUUAAUCAAAUAUUGUACUUAGCAAAAAGGUAUACAUGGCUGUGUGGUGGUGUUUUUUGUGUUGAUUUUUGCAGCAUUUGAAAACUGUAUUUUGUUUUCUUCUUACUUGUCAAAUAAUUAAAUAAUAACUUGUGAGGAAUAGUUUACGUAGCGUUUUGUUGAGGGAUGGUUUACAUUGUGUUUUGAUGAUAUGAUAACAUGUUAGGGAUAGUUUACGUUGUGUUUUGAUGAUAUAAUAACAUGUGAGGGAUAGUUAACAUAGCAUUUGAUGAUUUGUCCCUGAAAUGCAUGGUCAAUUGUUUUGUUUUAAGAAGUACUUCGUCAAAUAAUAUUCUGUUUAACAAGU